AUAAAAAAAUAAAAAUAAUGUCGAAGGCGGUGGUUUCUGGCCUUCUUACCAUCGCCUUCGUCUUCUUUGUUGUUUUCACCCUCGCUACCCAAAAGGGUCACAACAAUUUUUACCUAGCUCGUCGCCUAGGCCACAAUCGAGUAGCAUUUAACCCUUUAGUUGAGAAAAUUGAAGAAAUGGCUAGAGAAACUUCUGACCAUCAUUUUCUUUUCAAUUUAUCAAAUAUUUUUCUAAAUGAUGUUGAGGACAAAUACGAAUUUGUUAGCCAAGUGAAAAAUCUAAACAUAACAAUGAGGCUAAUGGUUUUGUUUCCUUUGCUAGAUGUAGAACCACGUGAUGGGUUCAUUAGCCUAAAAGAACUCGAGCAUUGGAAUAUGCAACAAGCGAUUCAUCGAUUAAGUUACAGGACACAUAAAGAAUUGGUAUUGUUUGACCAAAAUGAAGAUGGGGCUAUCACUUUUAGGGAAUACCUCCCUAAAAUCUCUUAUCAAAGUAUAGAAAACAAUGGCAUGACACAUGGUGAAGCUGGAUGGUGGGAGGAUCAAUUCAAGAAUGCCGAUUUUGACAACAACGGAGCUCUCGGCUUUGAAGAAUUCAAAGAUUUCCUAUACCCAAAAGACAGUGACAAUGCAACAAUUCAAAAAUGGAUCUCGAGAGAAAAAAUAAAGCAAUUUGACCACGACAACGAUGGAAAACUCAGCUACAUCGAGUUUCAAGAACAACCAUUCAAUCUCUACAAGACUUAUGUCGGAUUCGAGAAUUCUGGACUUGUAGCAGUUGAACCCAAAGAAAAAUUUGCUGAACUUGAUGCUAAUAAGGAUAGGUAUUUGAACGAGGAAGAAAUGAAGCCCAUUCUACAUUACCUUCAUCCUGGGGAAUCAGCUUAUGCUGGGUUUUACUCAAAGUAUUUGAUUCAUGAGGCUGAUGAGAACAAAGAUGGACGUUUAUCAUUGCAAGAAAUUAUCAACAAUGAGAAUCUUUUCUACAAUAUUGUCUAUGAAGGCACUGAUGAUGAUCUCCAUCAUGAAUUUUGAUUUUGACUGUUGUUUGGCUGAGAAGAAAAUUUACAAUGAGAUGGUAAAUUGUCUAGAAAAUU